AUGGCGGGUGUUGCGCUCCAAGCAUCGCCUCUGACCUCACACAAGAUCACGCUCACGCCCGCGCUCAUCAUGCUGCCCACCGGCAAGAAGAAGAGGAAGAGCAGCCACGCCAAGAAGACCGACCACGCCACUGGAAAUGGAAAUGCUGGCGAUCGCGAUGCUCCUCCGGCCGUGGACAGGCUCAGCAUCGCGAUCCAAGCUCACGUCAAGCUCGAUCCCAGCGAUCCAUCCGCGAGCCCCGUCUCGGUCACCGUCUCCAAGCCCAAACCACUGCCCCACACGAACAGUAUCAGUGCUGAUCGAGACGAAGAGCACAAGAACGAGAACGCGCCAAAAACAGGGGUGGAUUCCAAUCCCGGUUCCAAGGUGGCGGCGGCGUGGGAUUCACCGGCCAUCGCGGCUGCUAUGCCUCCUCCAUCUUCCAAUCCCUAUGUCAAAGCAGCAGUGGCAGCACGGAAGAGCAAGCACAGAAGUGGUGAUCAAGCUCUGCUGCUGCUGCCGCCAGAGAUUGUUCCGGAGCGCAUCAGACAAUGCUUGCUCUCGCGAUCUCGCUCUCGCAAAGCUGCAUCAUCGCCCUCGUCCACCAAGUCGUCUCCUACUACUCCCGCAGCAGCUUCUCGACCUCGAUCCACACCCACAGCUGCUACUGUUACUCCAGCUCCUCGCUCGUCUGUCUGCAAGCAGCACAAGAAUCUCAGCGCCCUUGCUGAGUUGCAAGCAAAUGAUCGUGAGAGUGGCAGCAGCACGAGUAGCAACGAUACCUUGUUGGCUCCUCAGUUCUUCAGGCGCGCAAAUUCAUCUCCUCGCAAUAACAAGACAUUGAACAAAACCAAGACGAAGAAACAAUUCUGGGAGUGGGAGGACCGAUCGUCGUCAGACGGCGGCGAUCGCGUGAGAGCCGUGGCCAAGCCGAGAUCAAUGCCAAGGAUUCCAUCUAGAAGAAAGCACGCUAGCGCUGCUCCCGCGCGGCAUGCCGAGGUUGAUGAUCAUCAGGACCCCUACUACUAUCACAGCAUCCCCAGGCGCAGGAUGACAUACCGCUCCAUGAUCCAGCCACUGCAUUCUAAGAUCCAGGAGGUGGCGUCCAGAAUGUAUGGCGGCGAGCUCCGGGCAAGUGAUCGGGCGAGGCAUCAGCGAGACCGGAGGCGAUUGAAUCCGUGA